AUGUAUGGCCUCAUGCUGGAGAUCGACGAUCAAUUAAACGAUUUUGUCCACACGUGUAGCAUAUUGGCCAGAGCAAUUCUCAAUGCCGUCAAUGCUCACCUGGUGCAGGACUGGACAAAGUUCACUGGACUCAGACAUGGGGUUGAGGAGCCAAAAUGUGUGAUCAGUAAUUCCGAGGAUGCAUGUCCCUGUGGCCAGCCAAGUGAGUCAGUGCUGUGGGAGGUAGAUUGUGUCCAUGAAGAGGCAACGCUGCAUCAGUUUUGUGAGUGGCUGAGGAGUGAUGCUACCUCAGCCUGGUCAGGGACUUCCCCGAAUCCAUUACUGAAAUACAGCAGAGGAGAGCACUGGUGUUAUGUGGAUUACAAACAGAUGGCUUUUCUCUUUGAGGAUCACCCAGAGAUUCUUGAGGCUGUGCGCUGGUCAGACCUGGGAUUUGAGCACCGUGACGGCCGGCAAAGCACCAUAUGGAUUGGCAGUGAAGGGGCCUUCACCCCGGGGCAUUAUGACACCUAUGGUUUCAACCUGGUGGCUCAGAUAUAUGGCAGAAAACGAUGGCACCUGUUUCCUCCAAGUCAGACCAGCCUCCUCUACCCAACAAGGAUCCCCUAUGAGGAAUCCAGCAUCUUCAGCCCCAUCAACAUCGCCAACCCAGCCGUUGACCGCUACCCCAAAUUUGUGGAAUCCACGCCGUACGUAUUGACCCUGGAACCAGGAGAGGUGUUGUUUGUUCCCAAGCAUUGGUGGCAUUUCGUGGAGUCCCUGGAAGUGUCAAUCAGCAUCAAUUCGUGGGUGGACGUGGAGAGCGACAGGGAGAGCAGAGUGCAGGAGGCCGUAACCAGACUACUCGUUUCCAUUCUCAUGUCCAACUCAUGUGGUCCCAGGAAAUGGGUCUGUCCAACAGAGGCCAUUUGCUCUGAAGAGGUGAAUUACAGUUAUGUCAGGGCAGCGCUCCAAGAAAGUUCAUGCAGAUCAGAACAGGCGUGCACUACUGAAGAGGCCAGAGACUCGGUAGAGCAUGCAGCAAACAGUACCCGUAAUAUUUGGCCUCACAAACCAGACUUAGACAGCGCCCUGACUGCACAGAAUGAGGGAAUGAAAGGUGCAAAGAUCCCUCCGAAGACAAGUGAAGAUGGAAAACCACCGACUGAGGUUGAUGAGGCGUUGAAACUGAACAGCCCAUUCAGCUGCAGAUUUGGCCGUAUUGACUCCGCCGAGCCUUCACAUAGCUCCAACGCAGGCACAGGUCAUAGGCUCAAGGUGGAAGAGAAGGGUCCUUGCAGUAGGGACAAGAUGGUGGCCAAUCCAAACGAAGGAGGGGAACGGAAAAGACCCCAUUGCGAGACAACAGGAUCUGAAACUCGGCCAAAAUUGCCAAGAGCCGAUUCAGACGAACCAAUCCCAAAACAAUCGAAUGAGCUGCUGCCUGCUUUUGUUUUCCCUGUAAAAUGCCGAGGCCAGAUAUAUAAAGAAAGCCAGCAUGCCCACUCAGUUCACAGCGACCAGGAGGUUUUGAAUAUUAAGCAGAUUGGGUCAGAGGUCAAACUUGAACUACGUGACGAAGAGAUAAGGCAGAUGGUGGCAGAGUGUGUAAGUCAUCCAGCAGUAAUAUCUCUGGCAGCAACGUUGUUACAGGAGAAGUUUGAUCAAAUACAGUUUGAUCGUCACUAUCAGGCGGUAUAAUAAAAAAGGAAGUAUUAUUUCUGUGGAUUUUUUUAUCAAUUUGUACUUUACUCUCUGACUGGUAAUAUUUUUUAAAAUCUGUCAAACCUAAACUUGUCUUAGGUUUGAUAAAUUUAUUGAAAAAUAUUAAAUGCAUUUUGUGUUUUCUCUCUGGUUUGUGUGCAAAAGUUUUAAUAAAAACU